CCCAAUUCUACCACUUGUUGGCUUGACCUGGGUUGGAACGUCGUCUCUGUCCUGAUACUUACACAAUUGUGUGAUAAUGGUGCACUUGUCAGUCUGUGUCCAGACCAAAUACAGUUGGAUCGUACUAGUGACGACACUGGUUGUGAUCACAACUGAGGUAUGGUGUUUGACGCCAAGAUGCUUUCCAAAAGCUCAUCACCCAUAUACUGACGAAGGCAGGAACGGGGGAUUAGAAACAUUCAAGUGGUAUACACCUGGUACAUUAUCAAAUUUCUACCUCCGCCACAAUCGUGUUUAUAGCACAUACUUUGAGUUUAACGGGAGCUGCACUAUUAAAGCAAUAGGCAUAUCAUUCACGGCACUUGGAAGAUGUCGCGUCUCACUUUCGUCUAAGUCGUUUGACCACAAUGGUUGGUCAAAUGAAAGGUCAGUCAGGUUCAGCCAUAGUUGUAAAUAUGGAUUUCGUCACAAUCUCCAUUUCUCCGUGCAAUCAUCACAUGGGUUGCAAAUCAAAUUCACAGUCCGGAGUCCGCCAUCACGUCCUCUCAGCCAGUGUGCGUUUAAACUCAAUGAAGCACGUGAACCGUACAUCGCCUUGCAGGUUCAAGAAGAUCACGAUGAAUGUUCAGCAUCGAAUCAUCUCUGCUAUGGAUAUUACAACCCUUCAUAUUGUACAAACACGUGGGGAUCCUUCAGCUGUACGAGGACUUGCCCGCGUGGAUAUCGACAUGGAUAUGGCCAUAUUUGCAACGACAUCAAUGAAUGCGCUUUGUCUUCUACGCCUUGCUAUGGAUAUAUCCGCAGGGAUAAUGAGCCAGACUGUGUGAACACUCCUGGAGCCUAUCAGUGUAUUUGCCGGCAAGGUUAUGAGAUUGUCAAGAAGGGAGACCGAUUUCAAUGCCAGGAUAUUGAUGAAUGCUCUCUUACACCUCACCACUGUGUUGCGUACUCUGCGCAAGAUCCUAGAAGAUGCGUGAACAGUAUGGGGUCCUACUCGUGUAAUUGCGUCGAGGGAUACUAG